AAAGGCUCAAAAACUAAACCUCUUUAAAGAGAAACAGAUCCAGAAUAUAAGAUGUGGGGGUUUAACCCUUAGUCUGUAGCAGAUACCCAGACUUGCAGGCUGUUUGCUACGUGGCGUUUGGCGUUUUCCCUCUGAGAAGAUGCUUUGGACAAAUUGGUGCUGCUGUGCUGAAGGAGGAGCUCCUGAAAGAUUGUAUUUAAUUCUGGCUGUUCUGUGAGUGCAGGGCUGACAGAUGCCCUGAUCGUGAAGAGCAUAUUAACUCACUGUAGUUGAGGAUGGGUUGUAUGUGUGGGGAUGGAGAGGGAAGUAGCUGUAGUUGUUCCUCCGCAUCAGGCACUAUUUGGUGCUUUGAAUCAAUUCAAGGCAACUGUCUUGGGACCACCUUGAAGACAAUCUACCCACCAGCCUCCCUCUGAAGGUCCGGUGAGCUGGUUUUGCUAGUGCUUGGGAAGGAAUUGUGUUCUGUGGGAUGGCACAGUUUGGAAGCACUUGAGCCCUAUAGAUCCACCUGCAAGCAAGAAGGACAUGGGCUCCUCAAACACUUCAUGCUGGUGCUUUUUCUCCCCAUUGCCCCCAUGGCAAAGCUGCCUGCUGGUGAUGUUUUAUCUUGCAAAAUUCCCCUUCGUGUGUGCUGAGCCAAAACCUGCAGCCAGUUUAGAAGGCUGCAACCUUUUUGUAAGUUUGUGUUUGCUGCAGGCUGAGCUGCUAAGACUUACUGCAGGCCUGGAAGUUCAAGUACACAAGUAAAAGAGUACCCUGGAGGAUUUUCUGUGCCUGUGCUUGUUGCCCAAGCAGAGAAGCUGUUCCAGAUGGUUGUAUCUUGCACAGCUCUCCUGAGAUCCGAUCAUGUGGUUGAUGCUGCUGUGAGGUCAGUGUGUCAAAUUGGGAAGGAGGCAGGGGGGCAAGGAGGCUUGCAUGAGGAUGAUCAGACUCUCCUCCCUCAAGCUUUCAUCAUGAAGGGGGUUCUCCCUGACUGGCACCAGGGUAAAUGCAGUUGGCAUCAGCUAGAGGUGAGUGUUCACCUUCCAAGCUGGCGUCAGGAGUGGCAGUGGGGUUCUUGGCAUCUCAAAUGUCCCUGUCCUUCGUGAAUUGUCUAAUGCCCUGUUGUGAAACCAAGGUGGAGCCAGGAGGAAUGAGAAGCCAACCACAACCUGUGCUUUCAACUGGAGCUGCAGCACAGGUUCAGCACUGCCCUUCCCAUCCCCUCCUGUUUGUGUGCCCGGGCAGCAGCGCUCUCCUUGGUCUCCUACCUCUGUUGGGAUUGUAUCCUGGUAACAUCGCUCGUGGUGAGGUGAAGAAAACUCCCUGCAGUCCUUUGAGGGCUGUAGCUCUGGAAAUUAUGAACAAAACUCACCCCCAGAGGAAUGGUGAUGUAUCUACUUGUGGUUCAACAAAAUCCUUCUCUGGAAAAAGAGAGCCCUGCCAUCCAUGUGGUGCUUGCACUGGCUGCACACGGAGACGUGUCUGCAUCUCUGCCAUGGCACUGCUCGUCGUGGUGGCUGCUGUGGGCUUGGGGGUGGCACUGGGACUCCUGCCACGGGCACCAGUGAACCGCUUCUGCACAGCCCCCAGUAACCGGACAGGCUUCUUGUGUGAUGACAGAGUGACCUGCAUCCCAUCCAGUUGGGUCUGUGACAGAGUCAGCAACUGCAGGAAUGGAGAGGAUGAGCAGGAGAAGCUCUGUGGUGACUUGCCCCACAGCCUCCCAGGAUACCUGGUUUUCCUCUGCAGUAACCCCAGAUCCUGGAUCUAUGCCGAUCAGAGGUGUAACGGGAUGAACGACUGCGGAGACUGCUCUGAUGAGUCAGGGAGCUUGGCCUCCUGUCCCCCAUGUGGGUGGGAGUGGUGGAGCUGCAUCCCUGUGCGCUACGAGUACUGCUCCUGCAUCCCCAGGAGGCUGUGCCGGGAUGGCGUCCAGGACUGCCUUGGCUGGUCGGACGAGUACGUCUGCAGGCCAUGAAGUCCUGGCACCCCUCAGUGCUGGAGACAGCAGGGUGCUUCCCACACUGUCACCUCUGAGCCUUGCUGUCCUCCUGCUCUGCCACCCACUUGGGAAGCUCCAACCCAAGCAAAUCCUCAGGAGCAGCGCAGUGACACUGAACAGGGACCAAGGGCACACGGCAGCCCAUGCUGCAGGCUGGGUACUGACUGUGGGACACCUCCAAGGAUUCUCCUGUCAUGUGAAGAUGAGCACUUUCUACAUGGGCUUCUGCUGCCUUGCACUUGAUGCUGUGCAGCUCCUGGGACUCUUCAUCGGCUGCUGCCAGCACAGGCACGGUGUCUGGGCAGCCCUGGGCCAGGGGU